UAAACAAACCCGCCUCGCCCAUCAUGCCUCGCUUUGCGACAGCGGCGGGCGCGGAAUACGGCAGGGACGCGGGAAAACCUUGUCUGUAGGGAAGAAUAAAAAGAAAGGAGUGUGGAAGGAAGGAAGGAGAUAAAAAGGGGCUGUUUUAGGGGGAGAAGAGCUUUUCUCUGUAGGAAAAGUGACCCUUGGGAGGAGAGGAAAGGGGACACUGGAGGGGAAAGAAAGGCCUUUUCCUUCAGCAAAAGUGAUACUUGAAGAUAGAGGAAAAGCCUUUUGGGGUUGGUUUUUUGGGGGAGCAUGAGAGAAGAUCAGGGGCGGCAGGCGUUUGGAAAAGGACUGCCUUCUUGAGUGGCAGCUGCAUUCUGGGGUUGGAAAUGCAGAGACUGAGAGUGUGAGAGGAAGGGUUCCUAGGAAGGGGAAAGGUCUGUUUCUGAGGAGAGGUUUGGAAAAGGUUUGGACAGUUCAGGGUUCAGGUAAUAAAUGAACAAAUGAAUGAAUAAAUAGGGAGAGGAGGAGAGCAGCCUAUGAGGAAAGAGCAGGAAGGUACUUAUAAGAAGAUAUCACUUGUCGGGAGACUGGGAUCGGAAGAGCGUUGCUGGCCCAGAUUCCUUAGCCUUGGAUGUGGAGGAGCGUCUUUUGCUGGAGCCAAAGAGGAAAGCAAGCAAGCAAGGAAAAAGCACACCUCCAUCUUAGAUCUGGAAUGGACCCUGAAACUCGUCUUAUUUGCCCAGUUUUGGAACAGGGAUCUUGCCUGUGAUGGAAAGGAAGGCCCUGGUUGACCUGACAGUCUGGACUAUCCUUGCCAGUUGAGGCUUUUCAAGGAAUGCAUAUGAGAAACACCAGAGUCUUUGGCCGCUCUUAACGCCGUUCCCGCCAUGUCUUGGCAGCCUGGGGCUUGGGCCUGGUGCUCAGGAUGAUUGGCCUGGCCCUGUUGCUUCCCCGCCGUGGAUCCGGAUUGCUCUCCCGCACCUGGAACCGUCGCUUCUCUCCAUCUGCUGCUGUGGAAAUGGCGUUCCGGAAUGUCCAGAAGGUCCUCUGCGUGGCGGAAAAGAACGACGCGGCCAGAGGGAUCGCGGACAUCCUUUCCAACAGCAGGAUGAGGAGGAGAGAAGGGUUCUCCAAGUUCAACAAAAUCUAUGAAUGCCAAUAUCCCUUGCUUGGGCAGAACGUAACUGUGGUGAUGACAUCUGUUUCUGGACAUUUGCUGGCUCAAGAGUUCAAGCUGCCGUUUCGGAAAUGGCACAGCUGCAACCCACUUGUCCUCUUUGAUGCUGAAAUCGAGAAAUUUUGCCCUGAAAACUACCUGGACAUCAAGCGGACGCUCGAGCGAGAAGUGCAACACUGCCAGGCUCUGGUGAUUUGGACAGAUUGCGAUCGUGAAGGCGAGAACAUAGGCUUUGAAAUCAUUCAGGUUUGCAAAGCAGUGAAGCCAAGCCUGCAGGUGUUCCGCGCCCGCUUCUCCGAAAUCACCCCCCGUGCCAUAAGAGCCGCCUGCGAGAAUCUCACCCAGCCUGAUCAGAACGUGAGUGAUGCUGUGGAGGUUAGGCAAGAGUUGGAUCUCAGGAUAGGUGCUGCCUUCACUCGCUUUCAGACCUUGAGGCUCCGGAAGAUUUUCCCCGAUGUUCUAGCGGAACAGCUGAUCAGCUAUGGGAGCUGUCAGUUCCCAACGCUGGGGUUUGUGGUGGAAAGAUUCAAAGCCAUUCAGGCCUUUGUGCCUGAGACAUUCUACAAAAUUAAAGUGACGCAUGAUCAUGAAGAGGGCACCGUGGACUUCAGCUGGAAGAGGAACCGUCUCUUUAACCACAUAGCAUGCCUUGUCCUCUACCAGAUGUGCACAGAGGAACAAGUGGCCACCGUUGUGGAAGUUGGGAGCAGACCAAAGAGCAAGUGGAGACCCCUGCCGCUGGACACCGUGGAACUUGAGAAGCUGGCUUCCCGUAAACUGAAAAUAAAUGCCAAAGAAACCAUGAAGAUUGCUGAAAAGCUGUACACUCAAGGGUACAUAAGUUAUCCUAGAACAGAAACCAACAUUUUCCCCAAAGACUUAAACCUCCCCAACUUGGUGCAGCUUCAGACCCCAGACCCCCGAUGGGGAGCCUUUGCACAAAGGAUUCUCGACCAGGGUGGGCCAACCCCACGCAAUGGAAACAAAUCGGAUCAGGCUCACCCUCCCAUUCAUCCUACAAAACAUGCGAGUAACUUGCAGGGGAAUGACCAGCGGCUGUAUGAAUUCAUUGUGCGCCACUUUCUGGCCUGCUGCUCCCAAGAUGCAAAAGGCCAGGAAACAACAGUGGAAAUUGACAUUGCUAACGAACGCUUUGUGGCUCACGGCUUGAUGAUCCUGGCUAGAAAUUACUUGGAUGUCUAUCCUUAUGAGAAGUGGAGCGAUAAGGUGAUCCCAUUUUAUGAGAAAGGAUCUCGCUUCCAGCCCACCACAAUGGAGAUGGUUGAUGGGGAGACCAGCCCCCCGCAGCUGCUGACAGAAGCUGACCUCAUUUCUCUCAUGGAGAAGCACGGCAUUGGGACUGAUGCCACCCAUGCAGAACACAUUGAGACCAUCAAGUCACGCAUGUAUGUGGGCCUCACUCCAGACGAGAGGUUCCUUCCAGGGCAUCUGGGGAUGGGGCUGGUAGAAGGUAAGGAUGAGACCUUCUGGGUGAACUUGGGCAGGUUACUCCUGGUGGUGUUGAAAGAAAGGAACUUCUUCCUUCACAGCAAGGGAUUUUUGCUCCUAUCCCCAGGCUAUGACUCCAUGGGGUAUGAGAUGUCCAAGCCUGACCUUCGAGCCGAACUUGAGAAAGACUUGAAGCUAAUCUGUGAAGGGAGGAAGGACAAGUCAGUUGUACUGAGAGAGCAGAUCCAGAAGUACAAACAAGUUUUUAUAGAGGCUGUGCAGAAGGCAAAGAAGUUGGAUGAGGCCCUGUCUCAGUAUUUUGGAGAAGUGACACCGAUUGCACAGGAGGAAGAAAUUUACCCAGCUAUGCCAGAUCCUGUGAGGAAAUGUCCGCAGUGCAACAGCGACAUGGUCUUGAAAACCAAGAAGAAUGGAGGGUUUUACCUCAGCUGCUUGGGCUAUCCAACCUGUAAAUCGGCCGUCUGGUUUCCUGAUUCAGUGCUGGAUGUCAGCAAGGAUGACUCCAUCUGUGAUGUGUGCAAACCCCAUCCAGUUCACAGGUUGAAGCUGAAGUUCAAGCGGGGCAGCCUUCUGCCCCUGAUGCCCCUGGAGUUUGUUGGCUGCAUUGGAGGCUGUGAUGAAACACUGCGGGAGAUCCUGGACCUGAGGUAUCUGCAAGGACCACCCCGACCCUUGCAGCCAGACAGCCACCUACCAAACCAUUCCCUGAACCACACAUCUGGGAACAAUGGCCAGGGUCUCCUUGCACCUUCCUUCCCAACGCCUCCCACAAGGCCAGGCCAGACUCUUCCCGCUGCAUCUGCUGGUGUCAGCGAGGACAAUGCGGUGGUGUGCAACUGUGGAGAAGAAGCCGUGCUUCUCACUGUCCGGAAAGAGAAUGCCAACCAAGGCCGGCAGUUUUAUAAAUGCAAGACAGGGAGUUGCUCCUUCUUCCUUUGGGCCGACCAGCAGCCAGAGAAUAGGACUCCCAGUGCAGCCAGGGAUCCUGGCCCUCCCAAGCGAUGGGACAGGAGCUUAGCCCGUUCCCAGAGUGAAGGCUCCACUCCAGGUGGAGGCGGCGGAGGGGCUGUUUGCAGGUGCGAACAGCCCUCUGUCACCCGGACGGUUCUACGAGAGGGGCCCAAUAAAGGACGCCAGUUCCACACCUGUGCCAAGCCCAGAGAGCAGCAAUGCGGCUUCUUCCAGUGGGCGGAUGAAGACGUGGCACCAGCCUUUCCUUCAAGUCAUUCCAUGAACGGAGGCACGAGGGGGUCAGGAACCAAAACAAAAAGAUCAGACAGCGAUUCAUCUCUGAAGGCACCGACUACCAAGAAGCCACGGACUUGUGGGAUUUGCCACCAAGCCGGCCAUACCAGGAAGACGUGUCCUCAGAAUCGAUGAUGCUGGGCAGCCCUCAGAAUUGAGCCCAAGGUGUUCUUAGCGAUGGAGGAGACAGAGAGAGAAUGAAUGCACUGUGACAUGUUUGCCAGGGAUAGGAAGUCUGUUUGAGGACUCAGACUUAAGAACCCUCUCACAGAAUACAAGCAAAAGAUCAGGCCUGAGUUCCAUAAACCAAUUACCCUCUGGACCUGUUUUCCUGAUCUUGGUGUGUUCAGAAGUUUGGACUGAGUUGGAAAGGCAGGCAGUUUUUUCCCAGUAGCACUUCCCAGCUGUGUAACAAUUGAUAAUAACUUUCCCCAGUUGUAUGUUUUACUUUUAAGUCCUUUCCCUGAAGUGCCUAAAUCACAGAGUGUUGCACGCUCCACAUUUUGAAAUGGCAAAGAAAACUUUGAGAGACACCAGCUGUACAAAAACACUUAGCUGAAAAAGCCUAGUUGUUGGGUAGGUCUUCACUAAAACAUUUGAAAGGUCAAGAGGGCCUAGUCCAAAGUUUUCUGACUUCUCCAUACCAUCACACCGGAAAAUGAGGUUGAAUAAAGCUGCUACAAACUAAGCUUUUGCUGAGACAUCCAUGGCUGUCAACUUUCCGUAUAUUUCCUAUGUAUCCUGGGAGUACAUUUACAGUGCCUUUACUGCUGCUCAUAUCUGGAAGACACAAAACUUCAGCGGUCCCACCAAGUUGAACUUUUCCUUCACUGUUUGACAGCAAAUAUCUCUGCCCCUGGAUACAAACAGCUUCUGUUUUGACAACAGCCAGUCUCAGUUGCUUACACAAGGGAAGGAAGAGUGUAUGCCAUGCAUAGAAGCUAAACGUCACUUCCUUCAUCUAGGACCAUGAAUAUGUUCUCCCGACUCUUCCGGACGCUGCUGUUGCUGCCUAGUACCAACUGAUUUAGGUAACGUCCUUGCCUUAUUAAGAUUAAAAUAUAUAUUUUAUGUUUAA